AACGGCGCAAGUGCAACCAUUCACUCAGAGACUCGUGCAUGCAUCUGAGAUGCUUAAUGUAGACUUGAACGACUACCCAAACCAAACGAGCAUAUUUUCUGAGAAGACCCUAGUUCUCUGCAUCCAAGACGACACUGCUGGCUAAGCGUAAGGUCGGGACUGGAAGCGUCUCACGGGCAGAGGUCAAAAGCGCACUGUUCGUUGAAAGCCAGACAAGCCAUGGCUCAGUUUAACCAGUGGGCGUUGGAGUAUGUUCUCUCAGACGAUGAGAUUGCUCAGUUAGAAAUCGUCAAGAAAGCAGCAAAGGAAAUCGAGAGUUCCCGCGCCAGCAGCACAGUAGUGGGAAACUGGGCGGCUUCGGUGCAACAAUGGAUGACUCCAACACAUGCCGAUGACGACGAGAUGGAGGAUGGGGACGAGGGCGGCAGCGGAAAUAUCAUUGCCCGGGCCAAAGCUUUGGGCUUCCUCGCCGGAACACUGGAGGCUCUCAACAAAAGCAUACUAAAGUCAGACCAAGUCCUACGGCUCAUUGGCUUCUUUGGAGCCAUGUUCUCGUACGACCACAAGGCGGGCAUCACGGCUUCUGCAAAGGCUCUCCGCCGGCUCUAUGCCAUGAAGGCUUUCAAACCGGACAUGGGAGUCAAGAUCCUCGAGGACGUCUGCAAGAUCAAAGAGGAUUUCCGGUUACAAACCGCAGUCACCCGCUUGGAGAUCUACGAGCUCUUCCUCAGCCUCGUCCAGGACCCAGCCGUCAGCAGCGAACUGAGACUUAAAUACGGCCCAUCCAGCGGCUUUGUUAUCGAUCUCCUCCAGUUGUGUCAGAACGAGAGAGACCCGAGGAACCUCAUGGUGUGGUUCAGCAUUUUGGCCCUCCUGCUUACAGAUUUCGACCCUUCUCCUGAAGUGACCGAGGAGAUUUUCAAGGUCUUCUCUGCCUACUUCCCCAUCUCUCUGCGUAGCUCCGCCACCCCAAUAGGCAUAACCGCCGAGGACCUCAAGGAAGCUGUGCGGGGCUGUUUCUCAGCACACCAGCGAGUCGCCAGCCACGCCUUCCCAUUCCUCAUCCAGAAGCUCGAUCAAGGGGAUGCAGUUACCGUGGCAGUCAAGUUGGACAUUCUCAAAACUAUCCAGGCUUGCAUCGAGCGGUAUGAAAAUCCACAAGCAAACGUCGUCCCGCAUCUUGGAAAGAUCUGGAACUCGCUCAAGUACGAAGUACGGAAUGGCGAGGUGAAGGAGACGAUCGACGCGACGCUGAAUGUGCUUCGGGCCAUCGCUCGGAGGCUAGAUGGAACAGCAACCAACAAGCUCGACGUCUCCUUGCUUAGUAGUUACGUCGAUUUAGUUUCCAGGGACUGCCGGGACGACCUUCCCAACCCGACCUACACAAAGCAGGCUGGGCUGCUGUUGAUGACCGUCAUAGGCUCCAACAUCCGGGCCUACUUGCUCUACAACGCCAGUUUUAUCGACACCAUCCGUCAGAAUCUCCGCCAGCCGAAAUCACCCGCCCACACGAAAGAUUUGCUGCUACUCCUUAAUUCUGUUCUGAAAACUCGGAUCGAGUUGUUUAGGGACAGGAAGCAAGGGCACCCAGACGAUGUACAAGGGCUGGCGACAGAGACCCGGGCCCAUCUUGACAUGUUGUUCCACGACGUGUAUUUGCCGAUAUGGACAACCAAGGCCACGGAGCCCGUCUCUGAGGAGAGGGACGUCCUCAAACAGGUUAUUCAGGGCCUUGCCCUACUCGUCAGCCAGCCGGUGUUACUGGCCGACGGGACGCUUGCCCUCCUAUGUUCUGCUUCAAUCUGCUCCGAGAUUUGCUCUCUUUUGACGGUAACCAUCACAAAGGGUCUGACUCUGAGCUCGAAUGACAAGCAGUCUGAGGACAGUGCUCUGGAAGAUGAGGCAGUGCUGGCCCUUCGUACCAUUGUCAUGAACUACACGGACGGCUAUGCAGAGCUCGCCGCACGGGUCAAGGCAGAGAUCAAGAAGCGCAACUGGGUCAGCCCCUCGGAGUAUUCACUGAACGCUCUCAAGGAUCUCUUGUCUCGCUUCACCUUUAUCGGCUGCUCCGAGAUCCCCUCGAAUAUUGCGACUGACAUGCCAACCCAGAAGCAGCCGUCAACACUUCAACACUUUAUCACACUGACCACGAAUCUUCUGGAACUCUUUCCUCUCUCGUCCCAAGCCACAUCCUCCGAGGUUGACACGGAAGAAGGUCCGUCUGCGAAUGCUCACGUCGUCUCGUCACUUCAUGCCUCCAUCAUCUGGUUUCGAGACGCCUGCGAAGCGAAACACGGGAAGGAAGCACUUGCUUCCCCUUUUUCCGAUGAUCAAAAAUGGCUGCAGGAAUUCCAGCAAUUUCCAGAAGACUGGCCGUCGCAAAUACAGCAUGGUAAUGACGGGCCAGACUCGCUACUGUCCACAUCACAGCAGUAUGGUGCCGAGGUUUAUCACCGGUUCCUGAAGCUCGGCCUCCUGAUUGUGAGGCACCUCUACCGAUCUGCAGCAUUCGGUCCGCCAGGACCAUGGGGAGAGCGAGCCCUCGUCCAAUUGUCGCAGAUGGCAGCGCUGGUGGUACGGAGUCUGGAUGAGAAGCUUCAGGUGUCUUGCAACUUGGCCCAAGAAGCCUUUAGUUUCUUCGGGAGAUUGGAGGAACAGUCGGUGCAGUCCCGAUUAUCAGGAUUGUUGGCAAAACUGUUAACGCUGGGCAUACUCCAAGGACUGCGGCCAGGUGCACUGGAGGGUUUGUACACACCAGGCGGCGAGGCGGAAAGGUUCAUGUGUGAUACCUCCAGCUUCGGCCGUUCCCCCUCGCGCGAAAGCGACAUCCGAGCGGCUAUCGGAGCGAUACUCGCCAACAAGUACAACGGGAAGCCACCAACCUCGGACCCUGACUCUUCAGUAAUGAAGCGUGUGCUUGACUUCUGGGCCAACUGGUUGACGGAAGCCGUCGCCGCCUCAUCAGCAAUGGACCCGGCCACCUUCCACGCCUACAAUACCAUUGCCAUGAACGUCCUGGACGGUGCUGCAGCCCGCCAAGACAAGCGCGUCCUCGCCCUUAUCCCGACCCUUCACCAAGCUGCCGCAAGCACCCACCCCAACGGCAAGAUCCUCGCCCAGUCCCUCGGCCUCAUCGUCAAAGAAAACCCGCUCCUCACCCCAGCCAACCACGCCCACCUCAAGCGCUUCUACAAGCAAUGGGCUUACACUCACCUCGCCAAACCCCUCCUCCAGGCCGCCCAACCCGCCCCGGACAAGGACGCGAAUGCCGCGGCGCGCUAUCGCGUCGCUGUCCUUUCCGUAGUCAGCAACUGUCCGUUUACCGUCUACCAAGAUGAUCUGGACCUGCUCAUCCGCCUCUUGGUUACAGCGCUGAGCAACCGGGGCGGCGACGACGGCAACGGCCAGUCGAAUCAACAGGAAGAAGAAGCAGCCUGGUUGGCGCACGUGGUUGCAGCCCUGGAAGUGCUGGUGGAGAUACUGAACCACGAGCCGGCGGCGUUGAAGGAGUAUUUGAGGGAGGUGAUUGGGGGAGUGACGGGGGUUUAUCAGACGUGCUCUCCCAUUGCUUUUAUAAGUCAAGGAGGUACGGGUUCGGCCCUGAAGGUCCAGCGGGGGACGGCGCGGGCGACAUGCCGGAGUCUGGCGCUGCGGGUGCUGGGGGCGAUUCCCACUAGGUUUGAGGAGCGCCAUGUGUUGGCUUAUUCUUUGCCCACGCAGCGGAUGCUGGCGGUGGCGUGUGGGGAUCCGGUGAGGAAGGUGAGGGAAGUUGCGAGAAAGGCGAGGGCGAAUUGGGCAAUGGUUGUUGUUUAGAGGCGAGAUUGAGGGGCUAACUGGAGAGACGAUAUGUAAGGCGCGGCGACGGGAAUGAUGUGUCCUUAGGGAUGGAGGUGAAAACAGAGACGACGAAAUGGGGGAAUGAGGUGUCACAUGGGGAAAUCUAGCGCAGCAUCCGUCACGGACUAGGAAA